UGCUGGACGCGAGGCUGGAACGCGGUUUAACGACGCAGUAAAAAGCCAACAGAAGUUUACAUGACAGUAGCAAGAGAACAGCGGGAUCGAGAGCCAGCGUACGUGCUGCUACAUGGGUUCUAGGAACAGCCAAGGGCCUUGACACGCACGCUCCUCGACUCCCCUGUGGCGCGGCGCCGCAACGAAAAGGGAAAUGGCAUGUUUCGGUCAGGGUAAAGGCAAAAAGGCGGUCUGAGAGUGCCCGGCGAGGACCCGGCGAGGAAUCUUGGCUUGAGACCUUGUCUGUGGUAGUACCAACGACGACGGUUCCACCGCGAAGAGCAGUUGUGAGGUGAAGACAUUGUGUUUGGUAAGACAUUGUGCGCCUUGUUGAGGGCAGCUGAGAAGGAUCGUGCCAUCUCAUUUUGUGUACAGGUGUAUCCAAGCUCAACAGUUCCAGCCUCCGAUUUGCAGCCAUAGGGAUCAUCGCCUUUUAUAUUCAGCGAAAGCUGGCGGCGCUCCCUGGAAACAUGACAGAGGGACUUGAGGAACAAGGACCACUUCGGCGGGCGUUUACCAUCCAUUUUCCACAUCGCCUUACGGCAGACAACAAUGCUCGGUUCAAAUGACGACGUUCAGACCGUCACCCCGCAAGAGCUUGAGGGAAUAUGGAAGCGAAACAGCCCAGUUCCGCCUGCAGUCGCGCGCUGUGCCCACGCGAUAUUCGAACAGUGGGCUCGAUCGCAGCCAUCUGCGCCGGCGGUAUGCGCCUGGGACGGCCGGCUGUCGUACGGCGAGCUUGACCGAAAGGCCGCAGCUCUGGCGAGUCAUCUGAUUGAGGUCGGUGUCGGACCAGGGACACUCGUGCCGCUAUGCUUUGAGAAAUCUCUAUGGACGACAGUUGCGAUCCUUGCAGUCCUCAAGGUGGGAGGGGCGUUCGUUCUGCUGGACCCAUCUCUCCCUGAGAGUCGGCUCCAAGAUAUUGUCCGCCAGCUCGAAGCGACUCUGAUUCUGACGUCUCUUCCCAAUCGACCUCUGAGCUCACGAUUGGUGCAAAACGUCGUCGUUGUCAAUCUUGAUUACUUCGACGGCGCCUUGGGCCAUCAAGCAGAGCGGCGCCUGCCUUGCCCUUCGUCCUCGUCUCUCGCCUACAUCUCGUUCACAUCUGGCAGCACCGGGACGCCGAAGGGGGUAAUGGUAACUCAUGAGAACGUUGCCUCCGCUGUUUGUUACCAAAUGAACCGUCUGCGGCUCACGACGGAAUCAAGAAUCUUCGACUUGGCAUCGUAUAGCUUCUCCGCUUCUAUUUGCAAUGUUUUUCAUGCCCUCUUAGCAGGUGGUUGCCUUUGCGUACCGAGCGAUCACGACAGGAAACACCGAAUAGCGGAGAGCAUAACGUCCUUUGGUGCCAACGUCAUCGAAAUCACCCCCUCCAUCGCCCGCCUCCUGAGCCCUGAAGAAACACCUACUCUGCGCUUGAUCCUGUUCUCCGGCGAAGCGACGGGAGCCCGGGACAUGGAAAUAUGGCUGGGCAAAAAAGCGAUCAUCGCUCACACAUACGGCAACACUGAGUGCCCGUUCAACACCAACAUCAACUACAAUCCGUCGAGCCUGGAGUAUGCCACUCACAUAGGAGAUGCCGUUGGCGCGGUCUCUUGGAUCGUGAACCCCCAGAACCACGAAGAACUUGUGGCCCCGGGAUGCGUUGGAGAGCUGUUACUGGAAGGGCCCGUCGUUAGUCAGGGCUACUUGAAUGGUGCGGACAAGACCAGAGCUGCCUUCAUCGAGGAUCCAGUGUGGUUACUCCAGGGAGCACCUGGCCGACCGGGACGACACGGCCGGCUCUAUAAGUCAGGCGACUUGGUUCGGUACAACGAAGACGGCCAUUUGGUCUUUGUCGGGCGCAAGGAUACGCAAGUCAAGAUCCGCGGGCAACGGGUCGAGCUUGGAGAAGUCGAGCACUGGCUUCACAAAUACGUCAAGAGUACGGCUCGUACCGUCGCCGAGGUCGUUGUGCCGCAAGGCAAGAACGCCAAACCAUUAUUGGCGGCAUUCAUCCAAAACGAAAGCAAUGGCCCCGGCAGAAAUGGCCAUGCUGUCGGUCAAAACAAGUCGGAUAAGGACCACGUCGGCCUCGUCAUAUAUCCCUUUGCCGCCGAUAUACAAGCGAAGAUCUCAGCGCAUCUGCCGAGUUACAUGGUUCCUUCGAUAAUCUUCUCCAUCGAGAAGCUCCCACAGACAAUGACCGGGAAACUGGACCGGAAACGGCUGCGAGAAAUUGGCUCGUCCCUCUCCGUUGAGAUGCUUGCCGAAAUGCUGUCGUCCAACCGGGGGCCAAAGCGACAGCCUUCUUCGGAGAUCCUACGGUGCAUCCAAAAGAUUUGGUCCCAGGUUCUCGAUAUCCCAACAGCGAAAAUUGGGUUGGACGAUAAUUUCUUCCAUCUCGGAGGCGACUCGAUCGCGGCAAUGAAGGUAGUCGGCGAGGCACGCAAACUCGGCAUCAACCUGACCGUGACGGACUGCUUCCGCUACCCAGUCCUACACGAGCACUCGAAACACAGUUUUCAUUCGGUCCCCAGUUCCUCGGAGGACUUUGUGCCUUUUGCCCUUAUUGGCGAUGGGGUCGAUAUUCCUUCACUUCUCGAAGACCUGACCAAGGCGUGCAGCGCAACGCCAGCCAAAAUCUCCGACGCAUACCCCUGCACGCCCCUUCAACAAGGCCUGAUGGCAUUAACUCUGCAGCGCCCUGGAGAAUACAGCAUGCAGGGCGUCAUGGAGUUGUCAAAGAAUAUUGACCUUGAGCGUUUCUGCGCGGCUUGGGAGCGGGCAGCCCGCACCAUGCCCAUUUUGCGCACCAGACUUGUCCAGCACAGACAACUCGGUCUCUUGCAAGUCGUCUGUGACGAGCCGGUCCGUUGGGUCAAGGCAACGGGCCUGGAAGAGUACCUGAGCGCGGACAGGGAAGAUCCCAUGGGACUGGGACGGCCCUUGGUACGCUACGGGCUUGUCAAAGAAACCUCGGAAGCCGUGGCGCCCAGGUGGUUUGUCUGGUCGAUCCAUCACACGCUUUACGACGGGUGGUCGAUGCCUCUACUUAUCGACGAGGUGAGCCGGGCGUAUCGUGGCGACGCCAUCGAGACUCCGCCUCCCUUUCAAACCUUCAUCAAAUACGUGAAAGAACAGGACAACGAAGACUCGCGGCGCUAUUGGCAAGACACCCUAUCGGGCUGUGAGGGCCUGACACCUUUUCCGAGUCUACCGCCGACUAUCAAGCAGCCGAUGGCAGAUCAGACUGUGGAGUAUCAACUGCCUCGGCCUCAGGUGCGCUCGACAGACAGGAACGUCACGACUUCGACUCUAGUCCGUGCUGCAUGGGCCUUGCUCAUCAGCCGGAUGACCAACUGCCCCGACGUUGUGUUUGGAAUUACCGUGUCUGGGCGGAGCGCGCCCGUGACCGGCGUGGAGACCAUGGCAGCGCCGACAUUUGCAACAGUCCCGCUACGUGUAAAGCCAGAUGAGAACCAGACAAUGUGGGACUAUGUCGACGCGGUGCAGCAGCAGUCACUCGACAUGACCCCGCAUGAGCAAAUAGGACUACAGGGGAUUGCUGAGAUGUCUCCCGACGGCCGGCAAGCCUGCAGUUUCCAGACGCUGUUGAUUAUUCACCCGCCUGAGACUGGCACUUCCCAGGAAGAAUACGGGACGUGGCAGCCGAUCCGACACCAGCAAUGGUUCAACACGUACGCCUUUCUGAUAGAGGUGUACCUUGGCGACGGGAGCCUUACAGUCAAAGCCACCUUUGACUCAAGAGUGAUCCAACCAUGGGCGGUACGCAAGCUCCUUGAACGCCUCGAGUUUGUGACAAGACAGCUGGAGGACGCCGAAGCCGUCGAUAAAUUGGCCGAUAUCCAAGUCAUGACACCGCAUGAUCUGGAGCAAAUAUGGAACUGGAACAGCACACUACCAGCCCCGUGGGAUGUUUGUGUUCACGACGUGUUCCGAGAACAAGCAAUGAGAAGGCCUGACGCACCAGCCGUGCAUUCCUGGGACGGCCAACUUACCUAUCGUGAGCUAGACCAGCUUUCCUCACGCUUGGCUGGCCGUCUUGUGCAAUAUGGCGUUGGGCCAGAUAUGAUCGUGCCGCUCUUGUUCGAGAAGUCCAUGUGGGCUCCCGCCGCUAUGCUUGGCGUGCUCAAGGCGGGCGGGGCGUUUGUCUCGAUAGACACCUGUCUACCAGAGCAGCGUAUCCAGGCUAUUGUCCAGCAAGUGCGGUCGAAAGUGGUUGUGUCUUCGGCCGCCAACCUACGUCUAAGCUCGCGGUUGUCGGGAACGGUCAUUGAGCUUGGGCAAGACUCGAUGCGUCUCUUUGACUCUUCCGCCAGGCCCUUGCCCGUCGACGUCACUCCGUCGGCAACAAUGUUUGCCGUCUUCACAUCGGGCAGCACAGGUACGCCCAAGGGGGCUCUGCUGUCUCACAGAAACUUUUGUUCCAGUCUCAAGCACCAGCUACGGGCUCUCGGGUUCAACCAGGAUUCUCGGGUGUUUGACUUUGCGUCCUACGCCUUUGACGUGGCCAUCCACAAUGCCUUUGCCGCGUUUGCGUCAGGCGGGUGCUUAUGCAUUCCCUCGGAGAAAGACCGCAAGGACAAUAUCAAUCAGGUCAUGGCAGACAUGCGAGUCACUCUUGCCAACGUUACGACCUCGGUGGCUCGCCUCAUCGUUCCAAGCUCGGUACCUCAGCUUCAGACCCUGAUUUUCGGCGGAGAAGCCGUGUUCAUUGACGACGUUGUACGCUGGUGGGACAAGGUCAGAGUUGUCAACGCGUACGGGCCCGCGGAAUGCGGCCCGAGUACGAUCAGUUGGGAACAGACGAGCCCCCAAGAUAUAACCCACAUAGGGGCAGGGCUUGGGCUGCUGACGUGGGUUGUGGAUCCAGACAACCAUGAUAUCCUGUUACCACCCGGAUGUGUUGGCGAACUUCUUCUCGAAGGUCCCCUCGUCGGGUGCGGCUAUCUGAAUGAUCCAGCAAAGACGGCAGCCGUGUUCAUCGAAGACCCGAAGUGGCUCCUUCGAGGCACAGCCACUCAUCCAGGAAGGCAUGGCCGACUCUACAAGACAGGAGACCUGGUCCGCUACAGCGAGCGAGGGAUGCUGGCAUACCUGGGUCGCAAGGACACGCAGGUCAAGAUCCGGGGCCAGAGGGUUGAGCUAGGCGAAAUCGAGCACUGCGUGCAGAAAUGCAUGCCUGAUGCAACGCGAGUUGUUGCAGAGCUCAUCACGCCACGGGGCGCGCAGUCUGGGCCGGUGCUCGCGGCUUUUCUUGAGAUUGAUGCUGCAGCCACAACUGCCGCCGAGCCGGAGCAUCACACCGCCGCCGCGAGGAUACUACCGACUCCGGCGGGAACGAGAACGAGAAUAGCGGAAGCAUUGCCUGCCUACAUGGUGCCGUCGGCGUUCAUCUCUAUGAAACAGCUGCCGGUGACGCCGACUGGAAAGCUGAACCGGAAGCAGCUACGGGAAAUCGGCAUGGCGUUCACGAUGCGGGAGCUCAGCGAGCCGCAGUCGGGCAGGCUGGAAGUGAAGAGGCCGCCCGUGACCAAUGUAGAGCGGCAGAUGCAGCAGAUUUGGGCCAAGGUUCUUAAGAUUGAUCCCGUCACUAUAGGGUUAGACGAUAGCUUUGCUGUUCUAGGGGGGGAUUCCAUCGGCAUGAUGAGGAUGGUGGUGGAGGCGCGGCAGGCCGGUCUCGAGCUGACAGUCGUGGAUAUCGUCCGGCAUCCUAGGCUCUGCCAGUUGGCUGCGAGAACCGACGGUACCUCCCGGUGAGACAUACAUUGGCUAUCGCCUGUUGUUGGGUUACGACCUAUCACGUUUGAGAGGCUCCCGAAACUUGGACAACGAGUAUCAAGCCUGGACAAACCCCCGUGUCCGGAUCUGCGCCUCGGUAAUCAGUAAUGGUUUGCUGGACCGCUAAAAAAUGCUUGUAUCUAAUUAUGAAAAAGUACUUUUUGUCUCU